AUGGCAUUAUCCAGAGUGAGUAAAUUUUAUCUGGCCUGCAGAAAUAGUGAUCUAGAUGAGGUAAAACGCAUAAUUAUUUCAAUUAGUGCUAAUGAAAUCAACCAAUUCGAAGAAACUAGUCUUGGGAAGAGUACAGCAUUACAUGCAGCAUCAUAUUACGAUCAUCACCAAGUAGUUGAAAUAUUACUGGCAUUUCAAGCAGAUUUAACAAUCAGAAAUUUUGCUGGACUAACAGCUUACGAAGAAGCUAGUACGAGAGAUGUAGUAUGUGCAUUUAGACGUCAUCGAAUGAUUGAUAAUACUGCAAAUACCCGUUUUUCCCAAGCGAACUCGAAUCUUGAAUGGAUCUCAUAUAAUCCAGCUAUGGUUAAACAAGCAUCUCAUUACAAUAAAUGGCUUGUCACUGGCUGUAAUAACAUGGAAUUCACUAUCGAAGAUAGUAUCCAUUUUUAUUUAAACGUAAAAGAAGAAUUAAAGAAUGAUCCUGAUAUUGACGAAGUCCAGAAAUUAUUUCGAGAAGCAAUUAAUAAACAUGACUCACGACUUAUCGUGAAAGCUUACACAUUAGAAACGCGUUUUUAUCGAGUGUUAAACAGAGAUCUAGCGGCUACAUCAGCUGAUAUGUUAAAUCAAAAAUUCAUAUUCGAUGUAGAAAUUCAACCCUUUUGGCAAUCCUACGGGCGAAUCGCUGCUAUUAUUGCUCGACAUCCAGAUUUGCAUAGAUAUGGAGUUGAAGGUUCUUUUUAUCGUGGUAUGACAUUGAGUACAGACGACUUAUUGCAAUAUACAAAUGGUGCACGUAUCUUAACUAAAACUUUUGCUUCAUGUUCACACGACUCUUCUGUUGCCGAAGAAUUUGCAACCAGAGAUCUUGACCUUAAAACUGAGAAAUGUCCUGUUCUAUGCAAAUACGUCAUCACUAAUAAACGUUCAGCAUUGAAACUUGGCGAUCUAUCAAGAUAUCCAGAAGAAAAAGAAGUGUUAAUUGUACCAUUUUGUGUAUUCGAAAUUGUAAAAAUUAGACUAAAAAUGUUCGAAUGGUCGAUUGAGGAUGGGACAGUGAUAAGAAAAGAAGGACUAAAAAUCGAAUUACAAGAAUGUGAAAAACAAAACUCCAACUGUCGAUUGAUGUAA